AUGCCGGUUUCAGAGAGAGUAUCGCUGCGCUUCAGCUGUGACACUAGCUUCAAAAGAUACGCGGACGAUGUUGAUACCAAGCUUGUCGCCGAACAGGAGUUUGGUAUCACCGCUGGUGCUAUUUCCGCGAUUUUACUCGGAAAGCCGGUGGACCAGUUGACGCAGACGAGGGUACAGAUGCUGAAGGAUACUGUUGGACACAAGUUCAAGGGGCUCAAGAGGGUCGACUUUGAUGUCAGCAGUGAUCUACUUACUGCGGCACUUAUCGAUACUGUCAGUUGCAUUGUCUACUCUGGAAAGACUAUGUCAAACUAA